AUGGGAGAUACACCGCUCGCGAGGGCCCCCUCUCCGCCGCCGUGGGAGGCGGUGGUCCUCUUCUCCCGGCGGCUCGAUCCAAGCAGCCUGGCGGUAGCGGCCUGCGUUUGCCGGUCAUGGAGGGCUGCGAUGUCCUCCGACGAGCUAUGGAGGUCCAUCUGCCUCUCCCUCUCUCCCUCCCUCUCCCGCCACCGCGGCCGGCCCUCUUACCGCCACCUCUUCGCCCUCCUCCGCGUGGCGGCGGAGCAACGGCGGCGCCGCCCGCCCCCGCCGGAGAUCUCCCUCGGGGAGCUCCUCUUCGCCGUGGAGGUGCUCCGGGGGGGAGAACCGGUCUUCUCCGCAGUCGUCCCCGGUGGCGAUUUGGGCGGCGUUGGGAGUCAAGUGUUCCGCUUCGACGUCGCCGGAGGCGGUGGAGAGGCGGUGGCGGUGGCGGAGGCGACGGCGUUGAGGUGCUCGUGGACGGUGGUCCAGCGAGGGUGGAAGGGCGCCGCCGUGAUGAUGGAGGGAGGGGAGAAGGGGGUGGCGGUGGGGGAAGACGAGGUGUGGUUCUCUGAGGAGCUUCCCCCGCCGGCUUGCUGCUGCUCGGGGUUGCGGACCGGGGGGCUGGUGGCGGAGCUGGGGCUGCGGCUGGGCGAUCGUUCCGGUGGCGAUAUGGUGGCGGAGGGGAGGCGGAGGGCGGUGGUGGGGGUGACGGUUGGCGUGUUGAGGGUCGUCGGCUGGAGGUACGUUGAGGUUGAUGACGGCCUGAUGUACCUUCAGCACUUCAUCUCCCCUCCUUGA